AGCGCGAGCCGCGCAGCCCUUGAGCGCGAGCCCCGGAGCCCCCGGCGCGCCGAACCGUAGCCUUCUCCCGAGCCGCACGCUCCGGCUGCGCGCCCCGCCGGGCCCGCGCGAUGCCCUCGGACCGGCCUUUUAAGCAGCGGCGGAGCUUCGCCGACCGCUGUAAGGAGGUGCAGCAGAUCCGCGACCAACACCCCAGCAAGAUCCCGGUGAUCAUCGAGCGCUACAAGGGCGAGAAGCAGCUGCCCGUCCUAGACAAGACCAAGUUUCUGGUUCCGGACCAUGUCAACAUGAGCGAAUUGGUCAAGAUCAUCCGGCGCCGCCUGCAGCUGAACCCCACGCAGGCCUUCUUCCUGCUGGUGAACCAGCACAGCAUGGUGAGCGUGUCCACGCCCAUCGCGGACAUCUAUGAGCAAGAGAAGGAUGAGGACGGCUUUCUCUACAUGGUCUACGCCUCCCAGGAAACCUUCGGCUUCUGAGCCAGCAGUAGGGGGGAGGGUCGGCCUGGGAGUGGGGGGUCCUGGUUAAGUUCUGUCUAGGGAACUCCUGGCUCCUUAAGACACUUCUGCCCCUGGUGGGCUGGGCAGGGAUGCGGUCCCCUAUGUAGGGGACACCAGCCAACCUCCUAUGCCCCAGGGUGGGUCCUGGGCCACUCAUGUUAGGAGUUGCCCCUCUGGGUGCUUGUUGGGUUGGGAGAGAGCAGCCCCCAGCACCCCUGCUUUGUGUGGUUUGUCUUUUUUUUUAGGCCUCUGCCUGUCUGCCCACCUGUCCCCAACCCGAGGCUCUGCUCCCUGCUGGGUCCUGCCCACCCCUGAAAGACUGGCCCUUGGCUCCCCCGUGUCCACAUGGUGUCUAGAUAUGUGGUCAUUUCCUUUGCAGAAUAAAGAUUGCUCAGGCCUGCCUGGC